AUGGAUGAAAGUAAAAAGGAGCUUCGACGCUUGAACAAACUUGCCUGGGAGCGAGGAAAAGGAGAAACACCCAAAAAUCUCGACAGCAACAUCAAAAAGAACACCACAUUUAUCAAGAAAUGCAAGACUUCGCUGGGCACAGACAUGCGAACACAGCUCUUGAACGAUAUCAGCAAGCUUAGUUUAGAGAAAUACAUUUCUGAAAUUGUGGGAAGUGUCAUGGAGGGAUUGCUGAAAUGCAAGACAAGCGUCGAUAUCGCUGCUGGUGUUGAGGUCAUUUCAGCUUUGCACCAACGAUUUCCAGAUACGUUCACGCUGUUGUUAACAUAUCAGCUCGCCAAAGUAUUGCAAGUACCCAGCAAACAGUAUCUUGCGACAUUGUCUGCGGAACAGAAGGAGAAGGAAGAAUCAGCACGUAUCAUCAAACAACGCACCUAUUUACGUAUCGUAUGCGAGCUCUGGCUAGUGAAUGUCUUGCGCUAUGUCGAGGAUGGUAUUCCUACAUUAUCAUCCGUCAAUGUGGGUGGCAUUGAAACCAGUCAUCGUGAUGCCGUGGCUGGACUUAUUGGCGAUUCACAGCAAAUCAAGCCUCAACAAUCCACCACAAAACAUGUAGGCAAUCAAACCAAGGAACCUUUUGUCUACAAGGUGUUGAAGGAGAUGUUGACCAACGAUAACGAGCAUAUCAACCUGCCCCUAGUGGCUUCGUUUUUGAAGAAUUAUGGAUCCAGUGUGUUGGACAUUGUGCCUCGCAAACAACGGGUGGCAACAGCAGCAGCAGCAGCAGAAUCCACAGAGACCGACACUCAGCCCGAUCAACAGCAACAGCAGCAACAGCAGCAGCAGCAGCAGUCUCUCGAUACUGAAUCCGUAGUGACACCCGAUACACAUGCCUUAUUGACCAACCUAUUCCAAUCCUACUACAAAUCCGUAUGUGCUCAUCUUACGAAAAUGCACAAAGUCAUUCAAAAGAUGGAACGCCACAACAACGAGGUCUUAUUUGCUCGUGGUGAGCUGUCUGAGGAGAGCAAGCAACGACAAGAGAAAGCCAGCAAAGCGUACGAGAAACUGUUGAACCACACACAAACAUUGUCCGACGCAUUAGACACUGAUAUGCCUGAUCUCCCUACAGACGAAGCAGCAGCCAAACAGUCGAUUGUCAGCGCCAAUACAGGCAACAUGUUUAACGAUGGAAAAGAGAAUAUGGGUAACGGUAUCUGGGAAGAUGAGGACGCCCGCAAAUUUUAUGAGGAUUUGCCUGAUCUCCGUAUUUUGGUACCUGAUGUAUUUUUGGACUCGCAGCAAUCCAGCGCUGCCAAAGCAGAGGACAAGGAGCUGGACGAGUCUGCAGCAGCCACGGCCGAUGACAGUCAUGUGUCUUCACCUGCUGCCAAUGCCACUGAUCCAGUUUUGGAAGAAGAAGAAGAAGAAGAGGAGGAAGAACCAGCGCAGACGGAACAAGUUCAAAUGGAAGCAGGAGGAGAAGAAGAUGACACGGAUCUUGUGGACGAAGCACUCGAAGCGGCAGUGGAUGACGAUGGAGACGAUGUCAACAAGCCCAGCACACAGAAUGUCCAGUUGGAUGGUUUGUUUGCUCGUUUACCUACUUGUGGUAACCGAGACUUGAUUGACAGCGUGGCGGUUGAUUUCUGUUACAUGAACAACAAGAAUGCGCGCAAGAGACUUGUCAAGACACUGCUCGGCGUGCAGCGCCAACGACUGGACCUGCUUCCUUACUAUGCUCGCCUGAUUGCCACACUGAACGCUUAUUUCCCAGAUGUAGGCGAAAUGGUGCUGACUGCAUUGACAUACGAGUUUAAGGGCUUGCAGAGAAAAAAGACCCACAAUCUGCUGGAAACACGCAUCAAGAACAUUCGCUACCUAUCUGAGCUCGCCAAAUUCCGUGUAGCCCCUGCUCACACUAUUUUCCAUGCGUUCAAGGUGGCUCUCGAUGACUUUACCAACCAUAACAUUGACAUUGUCUGUAACCUGCUGGAAACAUGUGGCCGAUUCUUGUUGAAAUCACCUGAAACAAGUGCUCGCAUGAACGGCAUGUUGGAGACUGUGAUGCGUAAAAAGACUGUGCAGCAUCUGGACAGCCGAUAUGCGACGAUGGUGGAAAAUGCAUACUAUCAAGCCAACCCACCCGACAAGUCUGCUAUCAAGGUCAAGGAGCGAUCCACCAUGGAGCUGUAUAUACGCAAACUGAUCCAUGAAGAUUUGUGCAAGAAAUCGCUGGACAAAGUGCUGAAGCAAUUGCGCAAACUGCACUGGGAAGACAGCUCAAUUCGAGCCAUCAUGUCCAAGAUAUUCCAAAAGAUUUGGAAGGUGAAAUUUGGCAACAUUCAUUUGAUGGCCAUCUUGGCUAGUGGAUUAAACCGCCAUCACACGGAUUUUGGCGUGCAAAUUGUAGACGGCGUGGUUGAAGAGAUCCGUAUUGGACUAGAGCAAAACAUCUUCAAGCACAAUCAGCGCAGAAUAGCAGUGGCCAAGUAUUUGGGCGAAUUAUACAACUACCGCAUGAUCGAAUCGCCCCUCAUUUUCGACACAUUGUAUUCUAUUGUUACAUUUGGACAUGAGUUCGGUAGACCUGCUAGAGAGAGAUACUGCUCUAUUGAUGCCCCUAAUGAUUUUUUCCGUAUUCGUCUGUGUUGUACCUUACUGGAUACCUGUGGCAUGUGCUUUGAUAGAGGUAGCUCAAAAAAGAAAUUGGACAACUUUUUGACAUUCUUCCAGAUGUACGUACUGAGCAAAAACAAACCCCCUAUGGACGUUGAUUUCAUGAUCACGGAUACGCUGGAGAUGCUUCGACCUCAAUUGCAAAUAUUGACCUCGUACGAAGAAGCCAAUGAAGCCGUGGAUCGCAUGUUGUUGGAGCAACUCAAGACAGUACAGAACACUUCAGACGGCAAAGCACUGCUGGAGGAUGGAUUCGAAGAGAGUGAACUGUCUGAUUCAUCCAUCAGUGGUGGUGAAGAAGACGAAGAUGAGUUGCUGCCCGAGGACAGACAGCAGGAAGACGAGGAUCUCGAUAUCACUAUCAGUAACCAAGACGAAGAGGACCAAGAUGUGGUUGUAUUAAAGAACAAAAAGGAGCAACUGUCUCGAGAGGAGGAGGAAGAGUUUGAACGAGAAUUCAGCAAGAUGAUGAGCGAUAGUAUUGAUUCCCGUAAAUUUGAAAAGAAGGCAGCCAUGCUGGAUGUCCCUAUUCCCAUGAAUUUGAGAGGAUCUCAAGAUCGUCGCACAAUAGCGCAAGGUACAAACAAACCCGAAACAGGCAAAAUGGCAUUUACCUUAUUGACAAAGAAAGGCAACCGUCAACAGACCAAGAUCAUGGAAGUCCCAUCGGAUUCUGUCUUGGCUGUGAGCACACGCUCCAAGCAAGAAGCAGAGCGUGAGGAGCAGCAGCAAUUGAAGCAGUUGGUGUUGAAUUACGAAGAAAGAGAAGCUGCAGCAGCACGUCAAGCUGCCGCAGAGGAGCGUGCAAGAUUGCGUGGUCAAUUCCGAGGCAAAAAAGUGCUGCAGAUGGGUGGAGGAGGUGCUGGUCAUUCUUAUGCAGCUGGUGGUGGAUCCACAUCAUCUGGUUGGUAA